AUGGCAAACCGCUCCAUUUGGACGCUCUUCCUUUUCUUCUCCUUGAUCGUCACUCUAUUCUCUUAUAUGGAAUGCACAGGAAACAUUUGCUUUGCUUUCCCUCCCCAAACAGGUAUCAAACCAGAUCCUGAUGCUUACUUUGAAGGGGACAAAAUACAACUCUCCAGAAAUGAAUUUGUGGGUAACUUGACACGAAGUGUAGGCUGGGCCACUUACAACCAACCAAUUCCUCUUUGGAACAAGCCUUCAGGGGCUCUCGCAAGUUUUACAUCAUAUUUUCAGUUCGUUAUUGUAAGCACCAGCAUGCUUUCAGGGGACGGACUCACUUUCUUUUUCUUCCCUUUCGAUGCUAAACCACCCUCAAGUGGUUGGGGCAGUUUGUUGGGCCUUUAUAAUCGAACGACAGAUGGUAAAAUUACAAAUCCUGUAGUGGCCGUCGAGUUCAACACAUUCAAGGAUGAAUUUGACCCCGAUGAUAACCAUGCGGGAAUUGACGUCAACUCACUUGUUUCCAAGGCCAUCUUUUCGCUUAACUUUGAACCUGAAUUCCUAAACAAAACUCUCAAAAAUGGAAGAGCUUUGGAUGCGUGGGUAGAUUAUGAUGGGAGUACAAAAAAGUUACAGAGAGAAGCAAGGCGUGAGGAAGGGGACAUAGAGCUAGACGAACAGUUAGCUCAAGGCCCCUUCAAGUUCUCUUAUGCUCAACUCAGCGAGGCUACCCGUAAUUUCAGCAAGGAUGAAUUACUGAGCAAAGGAGGCUUCGGAAGAGGCAUCUUGCCUACAACCAACGAUACAGUGGCCAUAAAGAGAAUAGCCCAAGGAUCGAGGUAG